AUGAAGGGUUUAGGAACAGACGAACAAGCUUUGAUUGACAUUAUUGUGCCAAAGACCAAUAGAGAAAUGAAACAAAUUAACGCAGUUUACAAGGAAGAAUAUAAGACAGACCUGUCGAAGGAUAUUGCAUCUGAGACUUCCGGGGAUUUCCGAAACAUCUUACUUGCUCUUUGCAAGGGUGUUCGCAAUGAAGAUGUCCGUGUAAAUGAGGAGCUUGCUGACAAAGAUGCCAGGGCACUGUAUGAUGCUGGGGAAAAGAUUAAGUCAGCAAAUGCAUCUGUGUUCAUAGAAAUAUUUGCAUCAAGAAGUCCCAUGCACCUUCAGAGAGUAUUUCAGAACUAUUCAAAGAUAAGUAAACAUGAUGUGGGGAAAGCCUUGGAUCUGGAGUUCAAAGGGGAAAUUGAAAACUGCCUGGUCGCCAUCCUUAAGUGUGCUUCCAGCAAACCAGCAUUUUUUGCAGACAGGCUAUUUGAGGCAAUGAAGGGUUCUGGAACAAAUGACAAAGAGCUGAUCAGAAUUCUGGUCUCCCGCUGUGAGAUUGACAUGAAAGAAAUCAAAGCUCUUUUCAAGAGAUUUUAUGGCAGAUCUCUCCACCAGGCCAUUUUGGAUGAAACUAAAGGUGAUUAUGAAAAAUGCCUUCUCGGUCUGGUUGGACAUGACUAG